AUCUCCCAGCCGGGGCGGAGCCGGACACACGUGCUGCCGGUGGGCGGCCCGAUUCCGUCACUUCCUUCUCGUCGCGUCCCGGUUCGGCCCGCAGUGAUGGCCUGAUGUAUACGCUGAGCAAGACAAAGAGCCUUUCAUAGUUCCCUACCAUCGAGGACCUGAAAGAAGUACAAGCCAUUGACUCUCCUGACACUCAGUAGACUACAAUUUGGUUUCCAGAAUGUUUUAUGAAUGUGAAGACUCUGAGGAGAGUGAUGCAUAUGAAGAUGAACUUUACCGUGAGGAUUCAUCCUCUGAGCCAAGUAUUGACAGUGAGGUGGAAUUUCAUCUCUACAGCCAGGUCCACUAUUCCCAAAAUCUGUCUGAAAUCGGCUCAGUGGAGGUGUCUGAAGAGGCAGAAGAUGCCGUGGGAUUCACAGAUCAGAGUCCAGGUCUAACUGUGACACCACUUGAAGACAAGAAUAUUGUUGAACUGCCUGACCCUGAUGGUCAGAUUUCUGAUGACCCUGAGAUCAUUGUUUUGUCUGAUACGCCAGAGGAAGAUAGCGUUUACAAUAGCAAAGCACAAAAGUCAACAGGCUCUUUAGCUGAAGGUAAAACACGUAUCCAUGGAUCUUCUAAAGCAAAUCGUUCCAAAGCCACUGAAUAUGAUGCUCCGUAUCCUGCUGGAUCAGACACAGAGUUUUCAGGGCAAGGUCCUGGUGGGAAACUUACCUCCAUUAGCUCAGGACCUCUCAGCAACCAAGAGGUGAUGGUAAUAGAUGAUAGCUCAGACGAUGACGAGGAGAGCGUGAUUUCUGAAAGCGAUGAUGUUGAGAGCUGGAUGCUUUUGGGAUGCAGUGCAGAUGACAAAGACAAAGAUAUAAUGUUGAACCUUGAAGGCUGUGCAACUCCCACUGAGGAAGGAGACGCUGAUGUGGACUGGUCCAUCAGUAAUAAAGACCUACAGGCACAGAUUUGUAACUAUGCAAGUGUGAGGCGUGCAGGUGUUCGGUACUACACAGCCGACAAAAAUCUUACCUGCAGAAACUGUGGCAGACCAGGGCAUUUGUCCAAAAACUGUCCCAUUCCAAAGAAAACUCCCCCUUGUUGCCUGUGUGCAGAAAGAGGUCAUCUACAAAACACUUGUCCAGCACGGUAUUGUUUGAACUGCUGUUUGCCCGGCCACUAUUUUAGGGAAUGUCUUGAGAGAUCCUACUGGAAUAAGCACUGCAGUCGCUGUGAUAUGAAGGGGCAUUAUGCUGAUGCUUGCCCAGAAAUAUGGAGGCAGUAUCACCUAACAACAAUCCCUGGACCAAUCAAAGCAGCCAGCUCCCAGUCCGAGCACUCCGCAGCCGCCGUGUACUGCUACAACUGCUCCCGGAAAGGACAUUUUGGAUAUGAGUGCACGGAGCAGCGCAUGCGCGGAAGCAUGUUCCCUGCUUCUCCAUUCAUCCACUACUACGAUGAUGAAUAUGACCUCAAGAGGAGAGCAAACAGAUUGAAAAGAAAGAUUGCAGAACUGCAGGAAGCCGGCCUUCUGCCAGUACAGCCUGAGACACCACGGCAGGAAGGAAUGCAUGGAGGGCGCAGCUGCAAGAAAGAGCCGUGGGAGGAGCACAGUAAACGUAACAAAGAUGAGUAUCACAAGAGGAAGUCAUCAUCCUGGGCAGACAAACAGAGAGCAAAGAAACACAAAAGUGAUGUUGAGAGGGGCCAUGAGAUGGAGGACGACUUCCCUAGAGGGCAUCAUAAGAAGACAUCCAGGGGUAGCAAAAAACAUCACAAGUCCGUUCUGCGGAUACAUGGCAGCAAGGAGUAUAGCCAGCAACUUCUGGAAGCUGCUAAAAGGAAGAAGAAAAGGAAAAAACAGAGGGAUUCUAGCCCUGAUGUCAAUGAGAAUUUAUUCCUUAUUAAACAGAGGAGGAAAAAGUCUAAGAAGUCAUCCGGCUGGUAGGAGGUAGAUGGGUAGCACUGGCAGUUACUGGUCCUGACUCUGUCUGUUUUUUGUUUUGUGACUCUUUACACACUGAAUUAGAGUAUGUCUCUGAGCUGGGCUGGAUAUGCCCAGGCUUCAGUCACACGAGAAGCAUCUCUCUCUACUUCCAAAAGAGAUGCUUUGUCUGUUGUGCACUGUUCACUUGGCAGGUAGCGUUUGAUGUUUGUGUCUGGAAUAACUGCACUUUUUCAGCAGUCCUAGAGUAAGUUUGCUUUAUGUGUUGUAGCGUGAAGGGCCGGGCUGGGGAAGGCCCGUGCUGCUUUGGGUAGGAUUUCUUUCUUUUCUGGUGAGAUGUAGCUCUGAUAGCAGGAUCUUGGCACAGUGCAGACACUGAAGGGAAGCUUUCACAUUAGCAGGAGCUGGGGUCUAUGUGUGGAGAUGUGCACGUUCCCAUCAGCCACUCUCCAGAGUUCAGUCCUGUCUCUUCUAGAAGGUGCUCUGAAGGUGUUGCUUUACGCUUUGGGAAGUGACAGUCUCCCACCUCACCCUGCAAUGUAGAGCCACCACCAUCAGUGCCACAGCUCCAGGUGCCAUAUGUGGUCAGUCUCUGACUGACUGCAUUCCAUCUCUCUGCUGACUGUUUAGAACAGCAGGAGAAAGCAGCUGAGAAAAUAUAUCAGAGUUUACAUCUCAUGUUAGAUACGUCUCUGUUCUCCUUGAUGUGGGAGGUGUGUCCGCAGAAAUGGUAGAGCAUGGAAAGUGUAUUUGAUUCCAGGCACAGUGCUCUAAAAUUUAGUAAUUAAAUUUAUUUGUAAGACAGUUAUUUUUGUACUCUGAAAUUGGACAUUUAUGUUGUUUAAAGUUUUGUAAUAACAAAUACUUGACCAAAUGAAUAAUCCAAAUAAAAAUUCACAUGGGGAUAUCUAAAACCAC